UGCCCCGCGCCCGUCCGGCCCUGCGCGCAGCCCGCCGCGUUCCGCUGCUCGGGGCCCUCUCUCUGUCCGCCCGGGAUGAAGGCGGCCCAAGCCGCAGGCGAGGAGGCGCCGGCCAGCGUGCCAUCUAUCAAGGUCGUCCUAGUGGGCGACGGCGGCUGCGGGAAGACGUCGCUGCUGAUGGUCUUCACCAACGGGGACUUCCCCGAGAGGUACACUCCCACAGUGUUUGAGCGGCAUGUUGUCAAAAUGCACAUGAAGGGCAAACCUGUGCACCUCCAAAUCUGGGACACGGCAGGGCAAGAUGACUAUGACCGCCUGCGGCCUCUGUUCUACCCUGAUGCCAGUGUCCUGCUCCUCUGCUUUGAUGUCACCAGCCCAAACAGCUUUGAAAACGUCUUCAGCAGGUGGUACCCAGAGGUGACUCACUUCUGCAAGAGAGUGCCGAUCAUUGUCGUGGGCUGCAAGACGGACCUGCGCAAGGACAAGACGCUAGUGAACAAGCUGCGGAAAAGCGGGUUGGAGCCAGUAACCUACCACAGGGGCCAGGAGAUGGCAAGGUCCGUGGGAGCAGUAGCCUACCUCGAAUGUUCUGCGCGGCUCCAGGACAACGUCCAGGCCGUCUUCCAGGAGGCAGUCGAGGUGGCUCUCAGCAGCCGCAGUCGCAAUUUAUGGCGAAGGAUUAUUACCCAGAGCUGCGUGUUAACCUGACUGGGCCAGCUGCUCCGAAAGGAGCUGGGCACCGACCUGCUGCCGAGGUACCUGGGCUGGACCCAGUUCCUAGGCUGGACCCACGGAACUGCGCCUCCACAGACGGACCCCACCAGGACUGGGCACUGGGCUUGGGAACCCUGGAUUGAGUGAGGAAGGGGGUUUCACAGCCCUGACUCCCGGCCGGCGCCCGUUCCUGGACCCACUUUCUGGAGUGGUUUUGCAGCUUGAUCUGGCGCCCCCUCGUGGGUGUUUGCAGGGCUGCAGCCGAAGGUCCUAACUUCUUUCCAGAACCCGCACCCCGCCUCUUCCUCACCUCUCCCUCAUUUGCCCUACUGCCUCAGGACAAAGUGUAGCAAUGAAAAUGGCAUCACUGUG